AUGUAUGUCGUUGAAACCCUAGUCUGCCGUUCACUUGUGGAAACAUGAUCGCCAAACUAUUCUUCUGCUUACCUGUGCGGCGCAACCUCUUUCUCAAUACCCCAACCCGUUUUCGCUUGAAUUUCUCAAUUCUUGCAGAGAGUAAUGUUAGCAACAGCAAUGCCCCUUCACAAAAUCUCUUUCUGCACUUCAUUACCACCAGAUUUAACAUAUCUUCAGCUGACGCCGCAAAAAUGUUGAAAAUGGCGCCCUCGCUGGAGCGGCUUAAAACGCUGGGUAAUGUUGAACAGCUCGUGUCCAUACUCAACAGACAUGGCUGCAACGAAGAUGAAAUUGCAAGCAUAAUCAGAUCUAAUCCCAGGCUUAUGUUGAUCAGUGCAGAAAGACUGGUGGAACCCAGGAUUCAAGUGCUAAAAGAUUCCGGCGUGGAGAGCGAAAUUAUAACCAGGUUCCCGAGGAUCUUGGCAUGUAAGCUGGAGAAUCUCAGCUCCAACCUUGAGCUUCUGAAGACCGUAUUCCCUACACGGGAUAUUCUGAUCAGAGCAAUUAGGAGAAACCCCCAUAUUCUUAGAAUUAACUUGCAGGAUGUCUUGAAACCCUCGGUUGCCUUUUGGGAGGAUUUUGGUUUCCGUGGAACAGAGCUUACCGAGUUUUUGAUGUUAGGUCCUUGGGUUUUGACGCGCUGCUUUCUGACGCCUGAGCAACUCGAUCUCAUUCGUAAGAUUGGCAUUCACAAGGAAAGCAAAAUGUACAAAUACCUUGUGAAUAUAGUAGCCAAGGGCCGCAUCGAAGUGUUGAAGGCUAAGAUAGACAAUCUUCAGCUUUGCGGCCUCUCGCCUGAACAAGCCUUGGAAGUAGUUAGGUUUGACCCUACAAUCAUCAACAUGUCCAAGGAUAACAUUAAGAUAAAGAUGGACUUUAUGCUCAAUCACAUGGAACUCUCUGUAGACUUUGUGGCAAAGCAUCCACGUAUGUUUACAAUGAGUUUGGCCAAAGUAAUGAGGCCCAGGUUUUUAGUUUUGCAAAAUAUGGCAGCAAUGAAUGGAGCGGAGGAGGUUAAUCCGACUCAACUUUGUACCCUGUUGAAAAUUACCGAGGCCAAGUUUGUUGCCCAGAUCAUUAAAGGGCAUCCUGAAUCCGCUGCCCUGCUGACUCUUUAUGAAAAUGCCAUUGACAAUGUCUCAAAAAGCUCAAAGUCUUCAGUAUCUUAACAUUCGAAAUGUUUUUUAACUUGUUAAGCUUACUAGAUUUGAGUUGAAAAACAACCUCAAUACUCAGGAAAGCCCAUCUUCACUGACCCUGUUCUCCCUGAGAGUACCAAUUUCAUAGUACAGGUGGAAUGCAACCUGCUUCACUGGGUUGCUCUGAUCCAAAGACUAGGUACAGCCCCUGAUUUGGGAUUGUAAUUGCUUUUCAAUCAAUCUAUGCUAUGCUUAUACAUUGUAAGCUUUCUAUAA